GGGUCGUCCUGUCCGUCCCCACGGCCUGCUGAUCCUGGGCGGCCGGGUUCAGCCGUGCACGGUCGGAGGAGGACCUACGGGGCCUGGACAGAACUUAGGGGAAAAAAAAAGAGGUUCCCUCCCCCCAGGGGGAGGCGGGACCCCGAGGUCUAACGCCGCCGCUCCCGGUGCCCGCGGAUGCCCACCGAGGACCCCCGCAGUGCUGGAAGACAGGGAUGAGGAUGCGUGCCAUGCCCUCCGGGCAUCCGAGAAAUGCUAAGCCGCUUAUCCGGAUUAGCGAACGUUGUCUUACAUGAAUUAUCAGGGGAUGACACCGACCAGAACAUGACAGCUCCCUUAGCAACUGAAUCAGCCCGGGAGCCUGACAUGGAAUUUAAUAAUGGAACACAGGAGGAUGUUCUAGAACGCCUGGCGUAUGCAGAGAAGUUGGUGGUGGAACUGAAGGACAUCAUUGCACAGAAGGAUGCUCAACUCCAGCAGAAGGACGAGGCUCUGCAGGAAGAAAGGAAAGCUGCUGACAGCAAGAUUAAAAAAAUAAAGCUUCAUGCAAAAGCCAAAUUGACUUCUUUGAACAAACAAAUGGAAGAAAUGAAGGCACAGGGAGGGACUGUUCUGCCCACAGAGCCUCAGCUGGAGGAGUCACCCACCAAGCAUGAAAGAAGUUCUGCAGAGGAAGAGAUGGAAGUGAUAAAACAUGAACUCCAGGAGAAGGAGAAACUAAUUAGUAGUUUGCAAGCCCAGCUGACACAGGCCCAGCCCGAGCAAGCUGCACAGUUGGAUAACAGUUGUGCCGAGAGGGAAGAGCUGGCCGUGGUGAGGCAGCAGCUCCGGGAGAAGGAGGAGCUCAUCAGCGCUUUGCAGACGCAGCUCAGCCAGACGCAGGCGGAGCAGGCUGCACAGUUGAGCUCCAUGCAGCAGGUGGUCCGAGAGAAAGACGCCCGCUUUGAAACCCAAGUUCGUCUUCAUGAAGAUGAGCUGCUUCAGUUAGUAACCCAGGCAGAGGUGGAGACAGACAUGCAGCAGGUGUGUUGCUCACAGUCCGUCGAACGUCGCUCUGGCUCACCAUCGACGUCAUGGCCGCUUUCCAACCGCCGCCCUCCUCCCUGCGCUCUCCAUGCGAAAUUGAAGGUUCUGCAGAGGAGGCUCGAGGAGCACGAGGAAGCCCUGCUGGGCCGCACUCAGGUCGUGGACUUGCUGCAGCAGGAGCUGAUGGCAGCCGAGCACAGGAACCAGGUUCUCUCCCAGCAAGUCCAGCAGCUAGAAGCUGAGCAUAACACUCUCAGGGACACCGUGGAAGCAGAAAGACAGGAGUCCAAGGCGCAGAUGGAAAAGAUGGAAGUGGAAGUGGCGGAGAGAAAAUUCGCCUUCCAUAAACUGCAGGAGGAGAUGCAUCAGGUUCUGGGGCAGGUUGAACGAGCAAGCCGAGCCCAGGCGGAGCUGGAAUCUCAGUGCAGUGCUUUGGAGCAGAAGCACCGAGCAGAAAUGGAAGAGAAGACCGCUCACAUCUUGAGUCUCCAAAAGACCGAGGAAGAGCUGCGCUCUGCAUGUGAUGCUCUGAAGGAUGAGAAUUCAAAGCUUCUCCAAGAGCAGAAAGAACAGGCAGUUCAGUCAGCCCAGGCCAUUCAGCAGCUGGAAGAUCAACUGCAGCAAAAAUCUAAAGAAAUUAGUGAAUUUCUAAAUAAACCAACCUUGCAAAAACAUGAGACAGCAUCUCAGACUUCGUUACCAGAUGUUUACAGUGAGGGCACACAGGCAGUCAUGGAGGAGAAUGUUGCCUCUUUGCAGAGGAGAGUGGUAGAGCUGGAGAAUGAAAAGGGAGCCUUGCUCCUUAGUUCCAUAGAGCUGGAGGAACUGAAAGCUGAGAAUGAAAAACUGUCUUCUCGGAUUGCUCUUCUGGAGGCUCAGGAUAGACCUGGCGAGACAGCCAUUGAAGUUCGUGAGAUUAGUACAGCUGAUACCGCUGUGUUCAUCAAGAGCAGCUCUUCCACCGAGGAGCGUGGACAAGAUGUCCUAGAGAAUGCCUUUUCUCAGAAGCAUAAGGAAUUAUCAGUUUUACUGGUCGAAAUGAAAGAAGCUCAAGAGGAAAUUGCUUUUCUUAAGUCACAGCUGCAGGGCAAGAGGCCUGAAGGGGACUUUGAGGUCUUUGACCAGAAAGAAAUGAAACUGGUAGAGACUGGAGAAGGACCCUCAGAUUCAGUAGAGGGUGCCCCCUUACUGCCAGGUGAAGGGGACCGGGCACCAGCGGUUGCAAUCGGGGGCCUGGACCAGGAGCACAGUGAGCGUCAGCACGGGGCAGCAGAGAACUCUGGCACGGAACUGCCAUCCGCGGAGCCGGGCAGGGUUGGCCAACCGCCUUCCAUCCCAGACCCGUGUCAGUGUCACCAGGAUGAACUGGAAAGGCUAAAAGGCCAAAUUUUGGAUCUGGAGACAAACUUUUCUAAGGCAGAAGAAGUUUAUAAGAAACAUUUAGAUGAGAAAGCCAAGGAAGUUGGCAGCCUCACCCAGCUGACGGAGGCGUUGACGAAGAGCGAGGAAGACAGCCGCGGUGCCCUGGCUGCCUUGUCUGAAGAAAGAGACCAGCUUCUCUCUCGGCUGGAGGACCUCGCCGUCUUGGCAGAUCUGAGGGCUCAGGUAAAGGAACUGGAGAGCCAGCUUGCAGAAGCAGAGCAGCGCAGGCACCUGGACUAUGAGAGCCAAAGGACUCAGCACACCCUGCUCGCUGAGCAGCUCCACAGUCUGGGCAUAGAGGCCAAAUCUAAGGAUGUGAAGAUUGAAGCUUUGCAGAGAGAACUGGACGACGCGCACCUGCAGUGUUCUGAACAGGGCGUGCUGACAAAAAGCCUGCAGAGCCAGCUGCAGAGCAAGGAGAGCGAGGUGCUUGAGGGCGCGGAACGUGUGAGGGACAUCUCAAAUAAGAUGGAGGAGCUCUCCCAGGCUCUUUCACAGAAGGACCUUGAGCUGGCGAAAAUGGAUCAGCUCUUACUAGAGAAGAAGAAAGACGUGGAGAGCCUGCUGCAAACCAUCCAGGAGAAGGAUCAGCAAGUGACAGAGCUCAGCUUCAGUAUGACCGAGAAAAUGGUUCAGCUUAACGAAGAGAAGUUUUCUCUUGGGGUUGAAGUCAAGACCCUUAAGGAACAGCUGAAUUUGCUGUCCAGAGCUGAAGAAGCGAAAAAGGAGCAGGCCGAAGGUAGUGACGCUGUUUCCGGCCCGAAACAGCAUCACGAUGAGGUGAGCCCCGCAGGGCCGAUGAGCAAAGAGGACCUCGAGCGUGAAUUAGACCACCUGAAGAAAGAAAGUGAGCAGAGGAAGAGAAAGCUGCAGGCCGCUCUUAUUAACAGAAAGGAGCUGCUACAGAGAGUCAGCGCCUUGGAAGAGGAGCUGGCCCACGCCAGGGAUGACUCCAAGAAGGAGGCUCCAGCCCGCGACAGCGACAGCAGGAAAAUGGAGGACGGUAAGGAAAGCAAAGGAGACUCAGAAAAAUGCGUGACCUCUAAGUGUCAGGCGAUCGAAAUGUCCUUGAAGCAGACGAUAUCUGAAAGAGAAUUGGAGCUAGAGCACGUGAGGAAGGACCUGAAGGAAAAGACGGUCGCAGAAGAACGACUGCAGACUGUGGUCCAACAGAUGCAUCAGAACUUGCAAGAUAAGACACACCAGAUAGAUUUGCUCCAGGCAGAAAUCACGGAAAACCAAGCCGUCAUCCAGAAGUUCGCCAUGGCUGCCAAGGACGCUGGUGACGGCGACUCGGCGGCCCCUUUCAGGGAAACCAUGUCAAGCAGCCCGGCCGACUCAGGCAGUGGCGAUCCCUUGAAACCAGAACUGGAAGACAAGAUCCUGGACCUCGAGAAAGAAAAGGAACAACUUCAAAAGAAGCUCCAGGAAGCCUUAGCUUCUCGUAAGGUGAUCCUUAAAAAGGCACAGGAGAAAGAGAGACACCUUAAGGAGGAGCUCAAGCAGCAGAAAGAGGAUUAUAAUCGCCUGCAAGAACAGUUCGAUGAACAAAGCAAGGAAAACCAGGGCAUCGGAGAGCAGCUGCGGCAGCUGCAGAUGCAAGUCAGGGGGUCCGUGGACAGGAAGCUCUCGGGCCCUGACCUGCGGGCAGCUGGCUCACCCGCUCAAGGUACGGAAGAAGCCUUAUUCCAAGGCACACAACAGUGUCCCGCUCCACCUGUUUUAGAGUCUGACUUGUGCCAAAGCUGUCCUCCUCGCCCGGGAGGUAUAGACACUGGGCAGGUUAAUACCUUGGUUGCCCAGAUAAAGGCCCAGUUGAAAGAAAUUGAGGCUGAGAAAGAGGAGUUAGAAUUGAAAGUUCAUUCCACCACAAGUGAGCUUACUAAAAAAUCUGCAGAGGUAUUUCAGUUGCAAGAGCAGGUAAGUCAGCAGGGCUUCGAAAUCCAGAACCUAAAGGCCGCAGCCCAUGAAGCUGAAACCCGUGCAGAAAGCCUGAAGCAGACUCUCGAGAGCAGUCAGCUGAGGCUUGCUGACCUGGAGCACCUAAGAACUUUACAGGCCGAACUAGAUGAACUGCAAAAACACAUAGGCCUAAAGGAAGAGGAAGUUAGUUACCUCUCUGCACAGCUCAGUGAGAAAGAAGAAACUCUCACCAGAGUCCAGGCAGAGACAGCAGAACAAGAGGAUCUAAUUAAGGCUCUGAACACGCAGCUGGAAAUGCAAGGCAAAGCACAUGAAGACAAGAUCAGGCAGUUCCAGGCGGAACUCGCCGAGCUGAAGCAGCGGCCGGAGGAGAGCGCCGAGGGAGGCAGGGCUAAGCAGCAGCUGCAGAGGAAACUGCAGGCCGCCCUCAUCUCCCGGAAGGAAGCGCUCAGAGAAAACAAGACUCUCCAGGAGGAGGUCUCAGUGGCUAAAGACACCAUUGAACGCCUCACCAAGGCUCUGGCAGAUGUGGAAAGCCAAGCAUCUGCCCAAACGCAAGAAAAAGACGCGCUGUUAGAAAGGUUAGCUGUGCUUCAGGAGGAACGAGACAAGCUCAUCACCGAAAUGGACAGGUCUUUACUGGAAAACCAAAAUCUCAGUGGCUCUUGUGAAAGUCUGAAACUAGCUCUAGAAGGUCUCACCAAAGACAAGGAAAGCUUGGUCAAGGAGCUUGAAUCUCUGAGAGUCUGUAAGGCCGCAGAAAGCAGCGAGUGGCAAGAGAAACACAAGGAAAUGCAAAAGGAGUAUGAGAUUCUGCUGCAGUCCUACGAGAACGUCAGCGACGAGGCGGAAAGGAUUCAGCACGUGGUAGAAAGUGUACGGCAGGAGAAGCAAGAACUGUAUGGGAAGCUGAGAAACUCAGAAGCGAGCAAGAAAGAGACAGAAAAGCAGCUGCAGGACACCGAGCAGGAAAUGGAAGAAAUGAAAGAGAAGAUGAGAAAGUUUGCUAAAUCGAAGCAGCAGAAAAUCCUGGAGCUGGAAGAAGAAAACGAUCGGCUCCGAGCAGAGGCCCACCCUGCGGGGGGACCAGCAAAAGACCGCAUCGAAGAACUACUGUCUUCCAAUGCCAGCGUGAAGGAAGAGCUUGAAAGGGUCCAGUCCGAGUACAAAGUCCUUUCUAAAGAGUUUGAGUCUUUAAAGGCCGAGAAAGACAUUCUAAGCGAAGAGGUUCUAGAUUUAAAGCAUCAGGUAGAAGAAAAUAUCUCUAAACAAGCUAGCCCAGGGGCCACCGAGAAACCUGAUAACCUGGAGGAUAUCACCGAAGAGGCCACGCAGCCUGUGCCCCUCGUGUGUCCAGGGCAGGCCUCUGAGAGUGUGAACGCUAAGCUUGAAGACCCAGCAACUGUCAGGUCACAGGACGGGACCCAGCCCGGCCUCAGUGAGAACCUCAGCUCGCAGGAUGACAUUAACAACUACCUCCAGCAGCUCGAUCAGCUUAAGGAACGAAUUGCUGAAUUAGAGAGAGAGAAGCAGAAAGACACAGAGCUUAGCCAGAGCCUCGAAAAGGAGAAAGGUGCCUUACUGAGUCAAAUAUCAGCAAAGGAUCGUGAACUGAAAACGCUGCAGGAAGAAUCAGCUCAAAUGAACCUGCUAAAUCAGCAAACCCAAGAAGAACUGUUGAGAGUCACCAAGCUAAAGGAGGCAGUGGAAGAAGAGAAAGACGAGUUAGAAGAGAGGCUGAUGAACCAGUUGGCGGAACUGAAUGGGAGCAUUGGGAAUUACUAUCAGGAUGUUACAGAUGCCCAAAUCAAAAACGAGCUCCUAGAAUCUGAAAUGCAGAACCUUAAGAAGUGUGUGAGCGAACUGGAAGAGGAGAAGCAGCAGCUGGUCAAGGAAAAAACGCAGGUGGAGUUGGAAAUAAGGAAGGAGUAUAUGGAGAAAAUCCAGGGAGCCCAGAAGGGAGCCGGCAGUAAAAGCCACACAGAGGAGCUCCAGGAGCUGCUGAAAGAGAAACAGCAAGAGGUGAAGCAGCUGCAGAAGGACUGCAUCCGGUACCAAGAGAAGAUCAGCGCCCUGGAGAGAACCGUGAAGGCCCUAGAAUUUGUCCAGACCGAAUCCCAAAAGGAUUUGGACGUCACCAAAGAAAAUCUGGCUAAAGCCGUUGAACACCGCAAGAACGCGCAAGCAGAAUUACGUCACUUCAAAGUUCUGCUGGACGACACGCAGAGUGAGGCGGCCAGAGUCCUCACAGACAAUCUCAAGCUGAAAAAGGAACUCCAGUCCCAUAAGGAAUCCAUGAAAAGCCAAAUGAAACAGAAGGCCGAGGAUCUCGAGCGGCGGCUAGAGCGCGCGGAAGAGGCGCACCUGGAAGAGAAGAAGAGCGCGCAGGAGAAACUGGACGCUCUGCAGAGAGAAAAGGCCCACGUGGAAGGGGCCCUUGGAGAGAUUCAGGUCGCUCUGAACAGAAAGGACCAGGAGGUGAAGCAACUCCAGGAUAACCUGGACAGUACAGUGGCCCAGCUGGCAGCCUUCACCAAGAGCAUGUCUUCCCUCCAGGAUGAUCGGGAUAGGGUGAUAGAUGAAGCCAAGAAAUGGGAGAAGAAGUUUGGUGAUGCCAUCCAAAGCAAAGAAGAAGAAAUCAGGCUUAAGGAGGAGAAUUGCAGUGUCCUAAAGGAUCAAGUUAGACAGAUGUCCAUCCAUAUAGAAGAGCUGAAGAUCACUGUUUCCAGGCUUGAACAUGACAAGCAGAUUUGGGAGUCCAAGACCCAGACCGAGGUGCAGCAUCAACAGAAAGUCUGUGAAACUCUGCAGGGGGAGAACAAAGAACUUUUGUCCCAGCUAGAAGACGCUCGACAGCUAUACUGCAAUUCUCAGAAUGAAUUAGUAAAGUUGGAAUCAGAGCUUAAGAGUCUCAAGGAGCAGUCCGCUGAUGUAAAUAGCUCUUUAGAGAAAUGUAAAGAACAUAAAGAAACUUUAGAAGCCAUCGUAAAGCAGCAGGAAGCUGACAUGCAGAACUAUAAGUUCAGUUAUGAGCAACUGCAGGCUGAUCUCACGGCCUCCAGAGAACUGACCAGUAAGCUGCAUGAGGAAAUAAACAUAAAGGAGCAGAAGAUUCUCCACCUGCUGUCUGGCAAGGAGGACGUGAUCCAAGAAGCUGUUACUAAACUGAACCAGCGACACGAAAAGGAAAUUCAAGAGCUAGAAAACCUGCUGACCCAGGAGGAAGAGGACAAUAUCGUCUUAGAAGAGGAAAACAAAAAGGCUGUGGACAAAACCAACCAGCUCAUAGAAAUAAUAAAAAGCAUCAAAAAGGAAAACAGUCAGCAGAAGGCUCAGCUGGACUCCUUUGUCAAAUCCAUGUCUUCUCUGCAGGGUGACCGCGACCGCAUAGUGAGUGACUACCGGCAGCUGGAGGAGCGGCACCUGUCUGUCAUCUUGGAGAAGGACCAGCUCAUCCAGGACGCCGCCGCCGAGAACAACAGGCUGAAGGGCGAACUCCGAGCGCUGCGCAGUCACAUGGACGACCUCAAUUCUGAGAACGCCAAGCUGGACGCGGAGCUCAUCCAGUACCGCGAGGACCUGAACCAGGUGAUGGCCAUCAAGGACCGGCAGCAGAAGCAGCUCCUGGACGCCCAACUGCAGCAGAACGAGGAGCUGAGGCAGGAGUGUGCCCAACUGCGGCAGAAGCUGCAGGGGUGCGAAGAAGCCAGGGAGGGGCUGCGCCGGUCCGCGGAUGCCCUCCUAGAGGAGAAACGGGGUCUGUCGCAAGAGACGGAGAGCUUGCGGGCGUCCAUCGCCCACCUCAGGAGACAGGUGACUGCCUUGCAGGAAGAAGGCACCGUGGGCAUGUACCAUGCCCAGUUAAAAGUGGAAGAAGAGGAAGUUCAGCGGGUAAGCGCCGCGCUCUCCUCCUCCCAGAAGAGAAUUACCGAACUGGAAGAGGAGUUGGCUUGCGUUCGGAAGGAAGCCACCAGGAAGGUGGGUGAAAUUGAGGCAAAGCUGAAAAAGGAAUUAAAGCACCUCCAUCACGACGCAGGGAUCAUGCGGAACGAGACGGAAACCGCAGAGGAGAGAGUGGCAGAGCUGGCAAGAGAUCUGGUGGAGAUGGAACAGAAGCUACUGGUGGUCACCAAAGAAAACAAGGACCUCACCGCCCAAAUUCAGGCUUUCGGAAGGUCCAUGAGCUCCUUGCAAGACAGUAGAGAUCGUGCCAACGAGGAGCUCAAUGAGCUGCGAAGGAAGUACGACGCCAGUGUGAGGGAGCUGGCCCAGGUGAGGGGAGCCCAGGACCCCUUUGGCACAGAGAGCGAGGCCCUUUCCCAUGCUGCCUUGCCUCUGAACACUGCUGAGAGCAGCUUGUCUCGCCUUGAGAAACUGAACCAGCAGCUCAUCUCCAAAGAUGAACAGUUGCUUCACCUGUCCUCCCAGCUAGAAGAUUCUCACAACCAAGUGCAGUCCUUUUCCAAGGCCAUGGCCAGUCUACAGAACGAGAGAGAUCACCUGUGGAGCGAGCUGGAGAAGUCCCGCAAGUGGGAGGAAGGCAAGCAGAGGGCUGCAGCCCAACCCGCCUCCAGCCCGGCCGAAGUGCAGAGUUUGAAAAGAGCCAUGUCGUCACUGCAGAAUGACCGAGACCGACUACUGAAGGAAUUGAAGAAUUUACAGCAACAGUACUUACAAAUUAAUCAAGAGGUCACUGAGCUACAUCCGUUGAAGGCUCAACUUCAGGAGUACCAAGAUAAGGCCAAAACCUUUCAGAUUAUGCAAGAGGAACUCAGGCAGGAAAACCUCUCCUGGCAGCGUGAGCUGCAUCAGCUCAGGAUGGAGAAGAGUUCUUGGGCACUGCAGGAGAGGAGCAUGAAGGAACAGUACCUAAUGGCCAUCUCCGAUAAAGACCAGCAGCUCAGUCACCUGCAGAAUGUCAUGAGGGAGCUGAGGCCAUCUUCGUCCCAGACGCAGACUCUCAGAGCACCGAGCCAAAGACAGGUGUCCCCAGCAACAUCCGAUUCCCUAGAUGGGUCACAGAGCCUCGUUUAUGAAAUGGAGCUUCUCAGAACUCAGCUCAAUGACAGCUUGAAGGAGAUUCACCAAAAGGAAUUAAGAAUUCAGCAGCUGAACAGCAAGUUCUCUCAGCUACUCGAAGAGAAAAAUACCCUCUCCAUCCAGCUCUGCGACACCAGCCAGAGUCUCCGGGAGAACCAGCAACACUACAGUGAGCUGUUCAACCACUGUGCUGUCUUGGAGAAGCAGGUGCAGGAGCUACAGACGGGACCACUAAGUUUGGAUGUUGCUCCAGGAGCUCCGCAAGAAAAGAAUGGCGUUCACAGGAAGAGCGAUGCUGAGGCCGUGAGGGAGUCGCAGCAGAGUGUUUCUGACGCCCAGCAGCAGCUCUGCAGCACUCAGCAGGAAGUGAGCGAACUAAAGAAGCUGCUGGAAGAAGAGCGGGACCAAAGAGCGGCUGCCGAGAGCGCGCUGUCUGUGGCCGAGGAGCAGAUCAGAAGGCUGGAGCACAGCGAGUGGGACUCCUCUCGGACUCCCAUCAUUGGCGCCUGCGGCUCCCAGGAACAAGUUCUGCUGAUGGACGUUGAAGGCAACAGCUGUCGCAGGACCCGGAGCGGUGCUGGGUGGAAGCGGGUUCUGCGGUCACUCUGCCACUCUCGGACCCGCGUGCCCCUGCUGGCCACCAUGUACCUUCUGAUGGUUCAUGUCCUCCUCAUUCUCUGCUUCGCCGGCCAUCUGUAAACCCAGCUGUCACUCUGCGGACCCCACCCCUCAGAACUGGGAGUCAGCCCUCGGCACGUCAGCAUUGUCUCUUCCACAGGUCCCAUCUUAGCUCACCCAGGUCUCUGUGGAGAGUGCCUGCAGAGCAGAGGUGGCUUGGGGACAAGUUGAGCUGCUGUAUUCCGUACCCCAGGCCCCAACACUGCUGCUUGACCUGAGACAUCCUACGGGCGGUGCGCGGCUCUGGUGUGGGUUCAGGCUGUGCAGACCCCGAUCUUUUCUGCUCCUGUCAGACACUGAGGCAUAUUUUUCAGCCAAGCCAAGAUGAUGUUGCAAUAAACCUAGCUAUCUAAAGCACGGUAUCAUUUCAACUGGUAACUGGCUUUUACCUUGUUACCUAUGUUUUCUCCUACUUUCUGGGGAGGUACACAGAGUUCAUCUUCUGGAGAACAAACGUGUUGCUUCCUAGGACUCAUCAGCAGGUCUGGCGCAGAAUGGGGCGGGAGCUGGAGGACCCCUUAGGCUUUAGCUGUUGGAUCACUGCAGGGGACAUUUUCUUCCCUGCCUGUUUUGUCACCAUUGGAACAAGGCUUUGUUGCUCUGAUUGUAAGGACAGUAUCCUACCAUCUAUUCCUUGAUCACACGUAUGCUAAAGUGUCCAAGCGUCUGGUGCCUUUGCUCCCACUGGAAGGCAGGAAGCUCUGGUGAUGGACAGUGGGGUUGCGGUUCUUGUCAAUCCUGUCUUCUGGAUGUGUCUCCAUGUAGACGCCUAGAUGACUCAAGGUGGGGCGUUGGCCCCCAGCCACGGUCUGGCCGGCCCCAUGCCCACACUGCAGCCUCUGGCCUCCCCAGCUGCUAAGCUGUUGGUGAUAGCGAUUUUCACCCCCACCCCAUGGUUAUUGUGCUCUGGGAACAGAGGCCUGAAGCGAAUGGAAAAAGAAGACGGAGCACUGGCAUCCAGGAGUGAAUUCCACCGUGCCUGCUCGCGCCUCCUCUGCCCGCCUCACCCUGGCCAGCCACUGGUUUUCCUGUUACGGACGUGAUGUGGUCCCUUGGCUCUCUCACCACCUAAGAGGACUGGCGGCCUCACGGAUCAGCUCUGCGUCUUCAUUCUGUGGUGAUUAGAUUUGGGUCACAUCUCAAGAACUUUCCUGAACUACUGUAAAAUAAUAAAAUUAUUUUCAGAAGGAGAA